CAUCAUCUUGGACUGGAUAUUUGUUUUGAUGAAUACAACUGCCAUGAUUCCCUGCAGGCGCUUCUCAUACAGGGAAUUAGCCAUUGCCUACAUCUAGUCACCCCCUCUAGAUCUUCUGAUGAAUCUAACUGACUCCUUGAUCCAACCCCUAAAAUGGCACAAAUUUAGUGAAAGGAAAUAUUACUAUUCUGCUCCAUUUUAGUCUUAAAUAAUGCAUUUGAGUGACACUUAGCCAACAGAAUGUAUGUAGUGUAUAGGCGUUUUCUGUAUGUUGCAAAUUUUACAAUACAGUAAAAACUGUUCUCUUACAAUUAGGUGCAAGUACCUGUAUGGAGCAAGGCUUAUACAAGGAGGUCAUCAAGUGGUGCGACGAAGGAUUGGCAAUAGAUAAUAAAAGCAAAAAAUUGCGAGAUUUAAAGUCCAAGUCGCUGAAAAUCCAAGCUCAUCAAGACCUUGAAAUUGAUGAUGAUACUUUGUUGAGAGGAAUAGCAGACGGGCACAACAAAGAUGGUGACGAAGAACUGCGGAAAAACGAAUUUGACAGGGCCAUCGAUUGCUACACUGAAGGAAUUGAAGUCAAGUGCAAAGACGACCGUUUAAAUGCCCUGUUAUAUACAAACAGGGCAACUGUGCAAUCCUUAGUGGGUAAUUAUGAUGAUGCUUUGAGGGAUGCAAAAUUGGCUAGAAAGUUUCAACCAACUUUUGUGCACGCCAUACUGACAGGAGCAACAGCCUGUUUUGAGCUGGCUAUGUUUGAAGAGGCAGUUACUUGGUGUAACGACGGAUUAGCUAUAGACAACGAAGAAACGACAAUGCUCGAGUUAAGGGAAAGGUUUCUUAUUGAACUAUGUCAACUAAGAAAAGAAGAGGAAAACAACGCAUCGCCCCGCUCACAAAGCAAUCUGGGAUUGGAUUGGACUUUACAAAAACUGAUGGAUUUCCACAGUAAUUACCAUAGAAGCGUGUCAAGAAUGAUAGGUGGAAAUGAGUACGAUACAGUCUACUUUAAAUCGGAUCUUGCGAUUUGCAGUUUAAAGGGUCUGAGAAAAGGCGUAAACUCUUUCAAACGAUGGUUUAGUCGUAGCGCUGAAGAAACUGUGGAAAAUGGCAGUGAUGGACAGGUAGCUGGAUUCAGCUGUCUUCCAGGCAGCAAGGAUACGAAGUUUAUGAUAGGUUAUUACGAAUUGGAACUCAACGUUAACAAGAGAAUCGGGUACAAAGCCGGAGAAGGAAGAGCUUAUGACAACCUUGGAAUCGCUUUGCAGAUGUCUGGGGAUUUCAAACAAGCCAUAGUCUGCCAUAAAGAACACCUCAACAUAGCUCUGGAACUGAAGGAUCGGGCAGGAGAAGGCCGUGCAUAUGGUAAUCUUGGCGCUGCUUAUUGCUGUAUGAACGAUAUGGACCAAGCCAUUGAUUUCUUCAAGCUAAAUCUGAGUAUCUCCAAAGAAGUUGGACAAAGGGCUAGUGAAGGACGUGCGUGCAGUUGUCUGGGUCAAGCUUACGUGACGCAAGGCAAAUUUAAAGAAGCUGAGGAUUAUUUCAAACAACACCUUGUUAUCGCAAGGGAAUUAGGAGACAGGUCAGGGGAAGGACUAGCAUGUGGCAAUCUUGGGCUUGUCUACAGCUACCAAGAGGAAUUUCAAAAAGCCUUAGAAUAUGGGGAAGAGUUUUUGUCCAUUGCUAAAGAAAUUGGAAACAGCGAUUGGGAAGGAGAAGCCUAUGGGAAUCUUGGCGUUGCGUACCACAAUCUCUCCGACAUUGAGCAAGCAAUAGAUUACUAUAAGUUGCAUCUGUCUAUUGUCAACGAGAUGGGACGAAGAGAAGUAGAGCAACAAGUAUAUACUUCCCUUGGUAGUGCUUACUAUAGUCACCGUGAUUUCAAACAAGCUGUUGAAUACCACAGAUUGAGUCUGAAUGUCGCCAAAGAAUUGGGAGACAGGUCCUCAGAAGCAAAGGCGUAUGGAAGUUUGAGCGAUGCCUACAGCUGUCUCAAUGAUUAUAAGCAAACUGUAGAAUACGGAACUCUAAACCUGACAAUUUCCAAAGAAGAGGGAAUCAAGAGUGAAGAAGCCGCUGCUUAUGAAAGGCUUGGCAAUGCCUACCUUGUUCUUGGUGAUGUUGAGCAGGCUCUUGCUUAUUACAACCAACGUCUUCAUGUUGCGACAGAAGUAGGAGAUAUAUCUGGUGAAGGGUGCGCGUACGGACUUAUCGGGACUGCAUACCAAAGCCUUGGUCAACUUGAAAGCGCAGUGGAAUACCACCAGCGACAUCUUUGUAUUGCUGAGGUAACGGAGAACAUGACUGAACAAGGACAUGCGUAUCGCAACAUGGGCGUCGCCUAUCAGAGUCUGGGAGAAUUCAAACAAGCCAUAGAGUGUUUUGAAAAGUUUCUUGGCAUAGCAAAAAAUGCCGAGGAGAGAGAAAACGAAGGAAUUGUUUAUGGCGACCUUGGUGAAGCCUAUCUCGGUCUUGGCGACUUUCAACGUGCUAUUCGCUAUCAAGAAUUGCGCCUUAGCAUCGCCGAGGAAGUAGGAAGUAAGGUGGAACAAGGGAAUGCCUACUACGCCCUCGGUAGCGUUUAUGAACAACUUGAGAACUUACCUGAAGCUUUCAACUGUUUCCAGUUGAGUGUUCAACUCUUCAAGGAUGUGAAAGCUUGUUUCCAGUCCAAAGACGACUGGAAAAUAAAUUUUCAAGAAAACUGUCAGUGUGCGUACAUCGGUUCAUGGAGGGUCUUGGUUAAGCAAGGGAAAUGGAUUGACGGACUCCUUACUGCUGAGGAAGGACGAGCGCAGGCAUUGAUGGAUUUAAUGACUUCACAGUAUGGGCUUCAAGGAAGUCUUCCUGAACCUGAUGUCCAGGAGAAGGGCGUGCUUAAUCUUCAGCCUAAUACGCUGUUUUUAGCGCUUGACGAGAAUAUGCUGCAUAGGUGGUUGCUGCUUGAAAACAAUGAAGUCCUUUACCGGGCUGAAGAAAUUGAAACUGAGAGAGGAACGAAUGCCAAGGAAUUUUUCCAGUCAUUAAACAACCACAUUUUUAAAGAAAUUGAAAUCGGCACCGCUGUCCGCUGCGAGGACCGUUCACUGGAUGUCCUGAGGCAAGACAUAGUUACAUGCAGAAACAAGAAAGCCGACCAGAAAAUGCCACAGUCUUUCCAUCGCAAAUACGGGGCUUUGCACUGGCUUUAUGAAAUUAUCAUAGAACCAUUUGUAGACUUGGUGGAAGGAAAUGAACUUAUCAUUGUUCCAGAUGGUCCGCUGUGCUUGACACCUUUUUGUGUUCUCCUGGACUCAAAUUCCAGAUUUUUGUGUGAGACAUUAAGACUCCGAGUAGUUCCUUCGCUAUCCAGCUUGAGAAUGAUUUUAAAUUGUUCCGAUGAAUACCACAGCAGACAUGGUGCACUUCUUGUUGGCGACCCAUUGGUGGAAGAAGUUGUUAUCAAUGGAGAAAAACUUCCGCAGCUCCCCUUUGCCAGAAUGGAGGUAGAAAUGAUCGGAGACAUUCUUUUGGCGGACCCUGUCACAGGAGCUAGAGCCACAAAAGAUGAAGUGUUGAGAAGACUGCAACAGGUCGCUUUAGUACAUAUUGCUGCGCACGGUUGUUUGAAAACUGGUGAAAUUGCUUUGUGUCCAAACCCUACACGUGCAUCCCGAACGCCGGAAUAUGAUGACUUUGUAUUAACAAUCUCAGAUGUCUUAGAAGUGAAAUUGCGCGCCAGGCUUGUCGUGCUAAGUUGCUGUCAUAGUGGCCAAGGCAAGGUUAAGGCUGAGGGUGUGGUUGGCAUCGCUCGAGCCUUUUUGGCUGCUGGUGCCCGUUCUGUUCUUGCGUCACUAUGGACGAUUGAUGACGAAGCGACUAAGGAGUUUAUGAGACGUUUUUACCAAAACCUUUUGGGAGGACGACGUGCGAGUGAGUCACUGAAUCAGGCCAUGAAAUGUCUCAGAGAAUCACACAAUUAUGGUGAUGUGAAAUACUGGGCUCCUUUUGUACUCAUUGGUGACGACCCGGUAUGCGAUUUUGGGUACUUAACUUGAACGUUAAGGAUAAGUUGGGUUGAUAUGAAUUGAAGACUGAACGCUAGCUGAAGCAGAGAUCCAAGUGCUCGCCCUAGUUUCUCUCAGUUGAUUGUUAAAGUGGAACUGACUGUGGCGAGGCCUAGGGAUGUAUGAUAUUGCGGCUUGAGCAAGCAUGAUGAGUGCAGUCUAUACUACAACCUGCUGAAGAUAGCCAAGAGAAGAGCUAUAGAGUGCAACAGCCCCAGGGACAAAAUCAAAGAAUGAGUUCCUAGUUUUUAACUUCUCUUUCAGAAAAUAAAUUGAUGUUAUAACGUUCUUCUGCACAAAAUUAACUACAACCCAUUCAUUAAGCACUUAAGCUGUUGCUAUUGUCAAGCUUUCUUUUUAAACUUAAUGUGUAUAUAUUUCUGUAAAAUUGUAAAUAUGCGAGUCAUAAUAAAGUUGUUGUUGUCAUAAUAUCGUAUUUAAAAUAGCGUAGAGUAAUUGCCAGAUCCGUAAGGAGAUGUUCAACUGUGCUGGUAAAGUUCAAAGCUGGAAGCCGAUUGCUCCUCUUUAAGAACUUUAGUGUUGUAUAUUUUCUCCCUAUGACCAUAGAAAACGUUAGCUAACUAAAUACACCGGAACCUCUCCUAACGGAACCUCUAUAAUACGGACUCCUAUUAAUAACGGACAACACUAGGUCCCAGUGAAACCAGAAUUGAUACAGUCUCCACCUCUAAACUACAGACACCAAUAUAUAUAUGUAUAGUGUAGCAUUUUUUGAUCACCAACAGACUGCUAACUCCACGGUAAAGAACAAAACAUGAACAGCUGAAUUUUGUAGCUUUGAAAACGACGUCUAUAUGUGACGAGGAUCUCUUUGCGGUGGAAAGAAAAACUACGCAAAAUUAAGAUCUGAGACAUGUUUGUGACAUCAAGUGCAUUUAA